AUGGAGGUCCUGCAGCUUCUACGCCUGCUCCUCACCACCACCAUGCUGGGUCUCUCCCAGACAGUGAACCCCUUUGUAGCCCAGCAGACCCCUCCAGACCCUUGCUAUGAUGAGAGCGGCGCUCCCCGCCGCUGCAUCCCUGAAUUUGUCAACGCUGCCUUUGGGAAGGAGGUCCAAGCCUCCAGCACAUGCGGGAAGCCCCCAACGCGUCACUGCGAUGCCUCAGACCCCCGGCGAGCCCACCCGCCUGCCUACCUGACCGACCUCAACACCGCCUCCAACAUGACGUGCUGGCGCUCAGAGACCCUCCACCACUCCCCCCAGAACGUCACGCUCACCCUCUCCCUCGGCAAGAAGUUUGAGGUUGUCUACGUCAGCCUCCAGUUCUGCUCCCCCCGGCCUGAGUCCACUGCCAUCCUCAAGUCCAUGGACUACGGCAAGACAUGGGUGCCCUACCAGUAUUACUCCUCCCAGUGCCGUAAGAUCUAUGGCAAGCCCAGCAAAGCCACCGUCACCAAGCAGAAUGAGCAGGAGGCCCUGUGCACCGAUGGCCUCACUGACCUCUACCCCCUCACGGGUGGGCUCAUUGCCUUCAGCACCCUCGACGGGCGACCCUCUGCUCAGGACUUUGACAGCAGCCCUGUCCUGCAGGACUGGGUGACAGCCACUGACAUCCGCGUGGUCUUCAGCCGCCCACAUCUCUUCCGUGACCUGGGCGGCCGGGAUGCUGGCGAGGAGGAAGGGGCCACCAGCUCCACCCCCUAUUACUACUCGGUGGGGGAGCUGCAGGUUGGCGGGCGCUGCAAAUGCAACGGGCACGCGGCACGCUGCGUCAAGGACAAAGAGCAGAAGCUGGUGUGUGACUGCAAGCACAACACGGAGGGUCCCGAGUGUGACCGCUGCAAGCCCUUCCACUAUGACCGGCCCUGGCAACGGGCCACUGCCCGUGAGGCCAACGAGUGUCUGGCCUGCAACUGCAACCUGCACGCCCGGCGCUGCCGGUUCAACAUGGAGCUGUACAAGCUGUCGGGGCGCAAGAGCGGCGGCGUCUGCCUCAACUGCCGGCACAACACGGCGGGGCGGCACUGCCACUACUGCAAGGAGGGCUUCUACAGGGACCUCAGCAAGGCCAUCACCGACCGUAAGGCCUGCAAAGCUUGUGACUGCCACCCCGUCGGAGCAGCUGGCAAGACCUGCAACCAGACCACGGGGCAGUGCCCGUGCAAGGACGGGGUGACUGGUCUGACCUGCAACCGCUGUGCCAAGGGCUACCAGCAGAGCCGCUCGCCCGUGGCCCCCUGCAUCAAGAUCCCUGCCAUCAACCCCACCUCCCUAGUCACCAGCACGGAGGCUCCUGCAGACUGUGACUCCUACUGCAAGCCAGCCAAGGGGAACUACAAGAUUAACAUGAAGAAGUACUGCAAGAAGGACUAUGUGGUCCAAGUGAACAUCCUGGAAAUGGAGACAGUGGCCAACUGGGCCAAGUUCACCAUCAACAUCCUCUCUGUCUACAAGUGCCGCGAUGAGCGGGUCAAGCGCGGCGACAACUUCUUGUGGAUCCACCUGAAGGACCUUUCCUGCAAGUGCCCCAAGAUCCAAAUCAGCAAGAAGUAUUUGGUGAUGGGGAUCAGUGAAAACUCCACCGACCGACCGGGACUGAUGGCUGACAAGAACAGCCUGGUCAUCCAGUGGCGGGACGCCUGGACGCGCCGCCUGCGGAAACUGCAGCGGCGGGAGAAGAAGGGGAAGUGCCUGAAGCCCUGA